AUGAAUUUCUUUAUCUUCGUUCUUGGUGUGAUACUGGCUAUUCAUGGUGUCAUAAAAGUUGAUGGUCGAGUCGUUUUUGAUUACGAUAGCAGUGAUAGUGAAAAUAAUAAUGAUCUCAUGCAAGAAGAAGAAGAACCUCAGUUAGCAAUGCUUGAACGUGAUGAGAUAGUCUCAAUGGCAGCACGAGCAUUAGAAUAUACUGAAGAUGACUACUUAUUGAAACAAAUUAUACCUUUAUUGGAUAAUAAUAUCGAACGAGACUUUGUUCGAAUAUUAACCAGUUUAAAAAAAGAUGAUCGUGAUAUGGUUGCAAUCAUAUUAAGUGGACUGGCAUGGAAAACAACAAAAGGCUGUCCACGUCUUUCACAGGCAAUGGUCGUGGAACGAAGAAUUAUAUUAAAAAUUAUGUAUCCUGUAGCGAGACUAUUAUACAAUGACCAUGUAUUAAAAAAAUUAAGCAAGAGUGAUCAGCAGGUGUUGAAAUCAGCAGAACAAACGGUUAAAACCAAUGCACAAUUAUUGUGUAGGUGA